GUCCCAGAAAAGCCAAUGAGAAGCAUCAGGUAUAUGGAGAAGGAAAUAAUAAACCUCAAGAAAGACCUUAAACGAAGCCGCACCUUAAUUCAGUGGGUGAAGAUUGGCCGUGGAUACUUCACCAUCCUGAAGGAGGAGAGUGCCUUGAAAAAGAAGCAGCAACAACUGGAGAAACUAAAAGAGGAAGAAAGAAAUAAAUUCCAACCAGCCAAAAUGCUGCCAGAUAUCCAGUGUGGGGAUUUUGUUCUGCCCACAUACGGCAAUGAGAAGACGAAGAAGGCAGCGGCUGAAGUCAUCCUGCGACCGUUCAGCCCCAUGCACAGCUGCAUCAUUUCACCCUCACUGCCCGAGGCCCACGUCGAGCCCAUCUUCCGCCAGCUCUGCGUCCUCCACUGGCUUCUGGAGGCCCUGACUAUCGACCACAGCCACCACACCAUGAAGCCUGUGAUCACCUGCUGGAAUCCCAAUCCCUCCUCUAUGCUGAGUGACAGCCAGCCAAACGAUUUGAAGGCUCCCAGACAUCUAAAAAUCCUUUCUGCAGGGAAAAAGGAGAUAAACAGAUGGAUGGAUGAAUGGAGAGAUCAAGAGAUCAAUCAGUUGUUACAAAGGGACCCAGGUGGAAGCAAAAGCACAAUAAAAAAAAUCAAUAAGGACAAGUCCAUGGGACAGAGAUGGGAGCACUUCGUCACAGCGCCGAAGACCAAGAAAUUCAAAAUUCCUGUAGCACGCCCCACCACCCGCAAACCAAGCCGGCGAGGCUCCACCCUCAGUCUGUCUCGGACAAGUGGAGGGUCAUCCCCCCAGAGCAGCAUGGUUUCCGUGAACCCGGGCUCGGAUGAACCUCCAAGUGUGAUCACCCAGGCAACAGGCAGCAAGGACAUCGAGGACAAUGAAUCAUCUUCGACCAAGCCUGAAGAAGAGCCCGUCCAUAUCAAUCUGCAGAAGCUUCUAGAGAUGGUUCGGGAAGAUGCCCGGAGAGCAAUCACCAUGGAAAACGAAAUGCAAAGACAGGCACCCAGCAUCUUGUCAGUGCUCAGACAAAACAAGAGCGAUUCUGCCUAUAAGGACAUGCAGACCACCCGCAAAUCAAGUGACAGAUCCAGCAGUACAAGUGGAGACAGCCACUCCCAAGUGCUCCAGAAGAAGCUUAAAAGCCGCGCCAACCGUGACAUCAUCCAGUACAAGAGUGGGGUGUGUAACACCAUGAGGGCCAAGUUUUACAGCGUGGCCCAGGAGGCUGGCUUCUGCCUACAGGAUAAGAUGGAGAUCCUCAUGAAGCGCCAAGAAGAAAGAGGUAUCCAGAAGUUCCACUCUUUCAACCUUGUCUCAAAUUUCCAAAAGGACAUAACCAAAAUGAGACACCAAGUCUCCAUGGUAAAAGGCGAUGCGAAAGAAAUUGCAGACCACUGGUACUUUGACCUGCUGUCCAAACUCCCCGAGGAUCUGAAGAAUUUCCGCCCUGCGAGGAAGAUCCUGGCAAAACUGCAGAAGUUUGGGGAAAACCUGGACCUGAGGAUCCGACCGCAUGUCCUCCUAAAGGUGCUUCAGGAGCUGAGAGCCUGGGAACUGUGCUCCCCAGACAUCGCAGUGGCCAUCGAGUUUGUGCGAGAACACAUCAUCCAUAUGCCUCAAGAGGAUUACAUCAGCUGGCUGCAGAACCGGAUCAGCAUCCCCAUCCAGUCCCAGAGUGCCCAGACGUAGUGGGCCUGGGUCAACCAGUGAGCCCAGUGGAGGAGGGCUGUCUACACCGUGUGCCUGCUCUCAUGGAGUCUCUUGUGAUCUGGUAGGGUCAUCUGGAGACCAGAUUCUGAAAACAUUCUAGGGGGAGCUGCUCCCAGGUGGAAGCCCCCUUCUCCCUCACACACCAGCCUCAGGCUCCCAGCCACUGGUGCUCAUUGGUCCAGCCUGACUCUACCUACUCCCUCUCCAGGAUCCUUCCCUCUAAGCCUUCUCCUCAAAUACUGGAUAAUAAAAUUGAGUUGAAUGUUUGCUCUCCGGCUGGGGAAAAGUUGGA